GCCAAGCAGUGAAUUCGGGGAUGUCUGUGGCAGGGAUGAGGCCCGUGCUCUCUUUGUGUCUGAACCUGGCCCUGGCCUGGGCCUGGGCUUCUCCUCAGACAACUUGCCGACUGCGGGAGCGUUUCCGUCUGAAUGGGAUGUACCGCAAGGGGGACUUGGUUCUUGGGGGCCUGUUUGAGGUGCACUUCCUGACAGUGUUCCCUGAGCUGUCUUUUACGUCCAAGCCAGAACAGCCGAGGUGUGAGUGGCUUGAUUUUCCAGGGUUCCAGGCAGUGCAGACCAUGGUCUUUGCGAUUGAAGAAAUCAACAAAAACCCAGACCUGCUACCCAACAUCACCCUGGGAUUCCAUAUCUAUGACAACUGCGCGAAGCUUGGCAUUGCAUUUGGUGCAGCCACAGCACUGGUCAGCGGUACAGACGAGUCCUUCUCUGACUUGGGAUGCACAGGUUCUCCGCCGAUUCUGGGCAUCGUGGGUGAUCCAAGCUCCACCAACUCCAUCGCCAUGUCCAGUGUGCUAGGCCUGUUUCGUGUUCCCAUGGUGAGUUACUUUGCCACAUGUUCAUGCCUAAGUGACAGACAGCAGUAUCCCUCCUUCUUCAGAACCAUCCCCAGUGAUGCCUUCCAGGUCAGAGCCAUGGUGCAGAUCCUGCAGAGGUACGGCUGGAAGUGGGUGGGACUCCUCUUCAGUGAUGAUGAUUAUGGGGUGCAUGCAGCUCAAUCCUUCCGCCAGGAGGUCAGUCACUUUGGCUGUGUGGCCUUCUCCGAGAUGCUGCCCCACAACAAUGACCGGGCUGAGGUCCAACGGAUUGUGAGCAUCAUUCGCUACUCCACAGCGAGGGUGGUGGUGGCAUUCUCUGCGGAGGCAUACCUGUUGCCCCUCACUGAGGAGAUAGCCCAGCAGAACCUCACAGGGCGGCAGUGGAUUGCCAGCGAAGCUUGGGCCACUGCAGCAGUCUUCCACACACAACGGCUGCUGCCCUUCCUCGGUGGAGCCCUGGGCAUCGCCAUCCAUAAGGGAGAUAUCCCGAGGCUCCAGGACUUUCUGCUCAGUCUUCGCCCAGAUUUUGACCCUGGAAAUAACAUGGUGAACAUGUUUUGGGAGAAGAUGUUCAGCUGUAGCUUCAAAGCAGACUCCCCCAGCAGGGUGUGCACGGGACAGGAGAGUCUGGAGGGCACAGAGUCAGCGUACAGUGAUGUGUCAGCACUCAGGUACUCUUACAAUGUCUACAAAGCGGUGUACGCCCUGGCACAUGCCCUGCAUGAUCUGCUGCUGUGCACGCCUGGGACAGGGCCCUUCCCAGGACACUCCUGUGCUGAGCUGCACACUCUGCAACCCUGGCAGCUGGUACCUUACCUGCAAAGGGUUAACUUUACCACCAGCUUUGGUGACCAAGUGUCCUUUGAUGAAAAUGGUGAUGCCCUGGCCAUCUAUGAUGUGAUGAACUGGCAGAGGGCAUCAGACGGGUCCAUCACAGCCGUGACAGUCGGGGUUUUUGACGAAUCCGCCCCUCCUGGACAGAAGCUCCAGCUGGAGGAAAAAAACAUCUUCUGGAAUACUGAGUCAAACAAACCCCCGCGCUCCAUCUGCAGUGAGCCCUGCCCCCCAGGCACCAGGAGGGCAAUAAGGAAGGGCGAGCCAGUCUGCUGCUUUGACUGCCUUCCCUGUGCAGAUGGGGAGAUCAGCAACCAGACAGAUUCCAACGAGUGCUACAGGUGCCCGGUGGACUUUUGGUCAAACCAACUCAGAGACCACUGUGUACCCAAGGAAAUCGAGUUCCUCUCCUUCCAGGAACCCCUGGGGAUCUCCCUAACAACCAUCUCAGUGUUGGGGGCGUGCAUCUGCACUGUCACCUUGUCCGUGUUUGCCCGUCACAGUAACACACCUGUUGUGAAGGCCAACAAUUCUGAGCUGAGCUUCCUGCUCUUGCUGUCACUCACACUGUGUUUCCUGUGUUCCCUGCUGUUCAUUGGCCAGCCUCAACGGUGGACGUGCCGGCUGAGGCAUGCUGCAUUCGGGAUCAGUUUUGCCCUCAGCAUCUCCUGUAUCCUGGUCAAGACCAUCGUAGUGGUGAUGGCCUUCAAGGCUGCACGGCCGGGCGGGAACACGAUAAAGUGGUUUGGUGUGCAGCAGCAGAGGGGCACUGUGCUGGCCUUCACCAUCAUCCAAGCAGUGAUUUGCGUGGCAUGGCUGACCGUUGCUUCACCGGUGCCCUACAAAAACACCCGCUUACAGAACUCUAAGAUCAUCUACCAGUGCACGGUUGGGUCAAUAGCCGGGUUUGGUGCUCUGCUGGGCUACAUCGGCCUGCUAGCGGCCAGCAGCUUCCUGCUGGCCUUCCUGGCAAGGAAUCUGCCUGACAACUUCAACGAGGCCAAGUUCAUCACCUUCAGUAUGUUGAUUUUCUGCGCUGUCUGGAUCGCCUUUGUCCCCGCCUACGUCAGCUCUCCAGGAAAGUACUCAGAUGCAGUGGAGAUAUUCGCCAUCCUGGCCUCCAGCUUUGGGCUCCUGGGAGCGAUAUUUGCCCCAAAAUGCUACAUUAUCCUGCUGCAUCCAGAGAAAAACACUAAGAAGGCCCUGAUGGGACGAGAUGCCCCAAAUAAGUAAAUGUUUUAUUCACAUUGAUAUUUCAAGCAAAGAUGUAAAUCUCGCAAUCUUUGUUAAAAAUAUGACUUUGUUAUUGAUAUAUACUCAAUGACAUGCAUAUAAAUUCACUCAAAAAAAUAAAGA